AUGGAGAAAAUAGCCCUAAUACAAAGUAACUUGAGGAUGAAAAACAUACAUCCCCUGGACUAUAUUCGCUUGAACAUGGAGGAGGAGGUGUUUUUAAAAUGCAAAGGAGAUAGGGAAAUCAGAGGAAAAUUAGACGCAUACGAUAACCACUUGAAUAUGAUCCUGUCCAACGCCCACGAAACGUACAAGCAGAGCGUCAUCGAAAAUGAUGAGGAGACCAUAAAGAAAAUCGAAAGGAACCUCGACAUGGUUUUCGUUCGGGGGGAUUCCAUCAUCUUAGUGUCAUCGGCGACGAAGUAG